AUGUCUUCGCCUACGAGAACUCCAGCUAAGAAAGCUACCCGGGCUAAAGCCCCUAGCUCCACUCCCAGGACCCCACGCGAUGCGGAGGCAGCUGACAACAAAUUGCUUGCAAACGUACUGAAAUCAUUUGAUCCUGAGGCGAAAAAGAUCGACUUGAAUGAAUUCGCGGCCAUCAUGGGGUACACCAAUGUGCGUUCCGCUGGAAAUACAUUCAACAGGCUGCGCAGGGCCCACGCACUGAAAGUAGAGGCAUUCAUGACUCGGGCCAAGGAAUCUGCGAAGGUCACCAAGCCUAGCAAUGGCAGCAAAACCCGUGGUCACCUUGAUUCUGAGGCUGAUAUCAGUGAUAAUAACCUCCCAUUAUCGUCAGAUGACGGCGCUCCAGACAACGAACCCUCCAACGAGGACAGUUCCAAUGUCCAGGAUGAACUGUAG